UGUGAGAGAGAGUGUGAGUGUGUGCAAGUGUGUGUCUCUCUCUGUUUGUCAUGCCAAGUUCCACGUUUAGGUCUGUCCCGCUCUCGCUCUCACUCUGUCUGUCUGUUUGUCUGUCUCUCUCUGUCUCUCGUCGUGCGAGUGUGUGUGUGUGUAUGUGAGAGAGAGAGAGAGUGAGUGAGAGAGAGUGAGUGAGUGAAAGUGUGUGAGGGAGGGAGGGAGGGCUUACUGUCGAUCCACGCUGUGUCCUCCUCGGAGCCCACUCCAUGCAUCGAUUCUAAUUGUUGCUGCUGCUCUCUACACCACCCUCGCCUCGUCAUCGCCUCUGUGUGUGUCCGGCAUGGCGAUGGGUAGUACCGAGAGCCGGAAGGUCUGCUGGAACUCCAAAUGCGGGACCAGCAGCUCCACCAUCUGGCGCCCGGGUUGGAUUACACGCAGCGGUCGCACUGCGGAGCUUUGUGAUUACUGCGGGCUCGCUUAUCAGCAGUCCUGCUUUUGUGAGACGUUCCAUAGCGAUGAUGCUGGAUGGAGGACGUGCAACUUCUGUAAAAAGCGCGUGCACUGUGGUUGUGUAGCAUCUGCUUAUGGAAUAGUGCUACUUGAUAAAGGCGGAGUAGAGUGCAUACGGUGUGCUACAGCCCAUGAUUCGGCUGGUUCAAUCUCCUUGGUUGGUAAACAUGGACAACAGCUACUCGCCCCAAUGACGCAUUUGGAGAGCGGGAAAGUUGUCGAUCCAGCUGUCAGAGGCUGGUGUGAGGGUUUCGGAGCUGCAUUGGCUGCAUGCCAAUCCGACGGAGGAGCUUGGCAGCCCUCGUCUGCUGCCAGGACUUCUUUGAGUCCUCCUACUGGACUGAUCCGACCUUGGAGUGCUCCGGAAACUGAUAUUUCCAUGAAGAGCAAGGAUGCUGCAGACUCUGUGUCACGAGAGCACAUGACGUUGGAAGUCGUGGAAUAUGGUGGGGAGGGUACUGAAAUAGAUAGAAAUCCGUGUUCAGAUCGAACAAAAGCUGGAGGAGCAGCAGGUGGUAGUGGCAGUGGUAGUUCACAGGGACCGCUUCGUGUAGCACGGCCACCUGGAGAAGGAAGAGGUCGUAACCAGUUGCUGCCUAGGUACUGGCCUCGAAUCACGGACCAGGAGCUCAAGCAGAUCAAUUCUGGAGAUAUGCAAACCACCAUCACUCCCUUGUUCGAGAAAAUGCUGAGUGCCAGCGAUGCUGGUCGGAUUGGUCGUUUGGUGCUUCCAAAAGCAUGUGCUGAGGCAUACUUUCCUCCUAUCCACCAACCAGAAGGAUUGCCCUUACGAAUUCAGGAUGUCACAGGCAGAGAUUGGGUGUUCCAAUUCCGCUUUUGGCCCAACAACAACAGCCGAAUGUAUGUGCUAGAGGGCGUUACCCCAUGUAUUCAAUCGAUGAAGCUGCACGCAGGGGAUACAGUUACCUUCAGCAGGCUUGAAGCUGAUGGAAAGCUUGUCAUGGGAUAUCGGAAGGCUCCAACCUCCCUCUCCUCUCAGGAUGCUGGUGCUACCCGGGUUGGAGCUAACUCUAAUACUGGAUUUUCAAAUCCAAGCAGCGUGGUCAUUCAAUCAGCAGAUGGUUGGGGUUCAAAUGUGGGAGGGUCCAAAUCAAAAGAAAGUGGCAUUAGUAUUGGCAAUUUGUGGUCCUCGCAGAUGGAUAGGAAACGUGGGCGGCCUUUGGGCUCUAAAAGCAAGCGCCUUCGACUAGAUAGUAUUGAUUCCAUGCUUCUCAAGUCCAACUGGGAGGAAGCUCAAGAGCUGCUUCGCCCUGCCCCGUCUGCUUCUUCCACCGUCGUCACAAUCGACGGUCACGAAUUUGAAGAGUAUUCGGAACCACCAGUUCUUUCGAAACGGACGUUUAUAUCCAACGCACCCUCCGGGGCUCAGGAACAGUGGGCUCAAUGUGAUGACUGUGGGACAUGGCGUCGUGUACCUGUUGAUGCCUUCGUACCAGCACGGUGGUCGUGCUCUCAGAAUACCUGGGAUCUGACAAGAGCACAGUGCAGCGCAGCUCAAGAAGUGAGCAGCGACAAAUUAGAAGUGCUGCUGGGUCCUGGGCCCACUUCAGAGGGUGGGAAGCAGGAAUGUGCACCUAAGUUAACCUCUACCAGUAAGGAUGAAAAUGCCCCUACCACGUCAGCUGCAGCAGGCUUAGACGCUUUGGCUCAGGCAGCGUCAACAUCUUUGAGUCCUGCGCGGACUACGAAACACCCGAGGCAUCGCCCGGGAUGUACCUGUAUCGUGUGUAUUCAGCCCCCAAGCGGCAAGGGACCGAAACAUAAGGCGUCCUGUAUCUGCAAUGUUUGUUUAACUGUGAAGCGUCGCUUCAGGACCCUUAUGCAACGCCGUAAGAAGCGGCAAUGCGAGCGAGAGUUUGAAGCGUUCCGCAAUAAGCGAGAAUGGCAUGAAGAAGAUACUUCUGAUCUUGUUGGUGUUGUUGGUAGAUCUGGAACAGCAGACGCGGCAAACAUUGUGGAUGAUAACCUUUCUACAGCCUUAAUUCGUUCCAGGGAUGGGGGUUCAGAGGACGGACCUUUGAAGGGAGCCAUUGACUUGAAUAUUCAACCCGAUCAUGAGGAGCGCGUAAGUAUGGUACGCUUGCUUCAGGAUGCCACUCUACCCCUGUCUGCUUAUCUACACCAGCAGCGACUUUCUACUCUUUAUGUUGGUGAUCUAGUUUCAGAUCAUGUCAGUAAUGAUGCUACUAGCAGCCAGGAGGAUACUCCCUCAGAAUCCUCUAGCGAGGCUGAAGCAGAUAAUGGGCUAGAGGUGGCUGGUCAUGUACGACAUGAAGGUCAGCGAACUCAGACAUCCCUUGGCUAUGUAGAGCAACCAAACUGUUUGGAGAGCUGGGAUGCAAGAGGAGUCAAGCCCGCAGAGUUUUCAGGAGAUUCAGUGCUCUCAAGCUCAUCAAAACUAGAGCUUAACAUGAUGAAUAAUGCUGCUGCAACUUCUGCAAAGAAGCAUGUAACUGGAGCAGGUCGUGGACGACAAAUAUGUAUUGGAUGUGGUGAACAAAUCGGGUCAGCAGCAAAGGUUUGCAGGAGAUGUGGUACCUGCACUGCCUUUGGAGAGGAAAAACUUAGAUGCUGAGCUUGGGAAAGAGUCCAUGUUUCGUUAUUGUAAAAACCUAUAUUUGUAAUCAAGCUUCCUCCAGAUAAUUUGGGGCUGCCUGUGCCUACACCUUUUCUUACAUCAUAAUUGGACAGGUAUUUAUUACUUUUACAUCAAUUAGGUUCGAUUCUGAAUGUCAGAUGAUCUAACUUGUUUUCUGAUGCAGAAACUAUCUUAGUGAGUAUUUGAAUAGAUUUAAAUCCACGUAUUGUAACAUUUUAAACUUGAAAUAUGAAUACGUAAAAUGUUAGACUGUAUGAGUUCUGCAAGUCUUUUUUAAACUAUUAAGAGAUAACUAAGUAUUGUCUUUGGGUUUUUUGACAAUAUUUCGACUUUCUCCGACUCAUUUUCUCGUCAAUAAGUCAAGUGUCUGUUGUGCAAUUAGAAGUAAGGUAGCCUACCCAUUUCCAAUCACUCAAGCAUUUUAGCAUACAUGCAGUAUGAAAAAAUUUCUUAGUGUAGGGAAAUAGAAAUUAGGAGGAUUCUAGGUGUUUUCACAUCAUUUGGUCCAAAAACAAAAUUAUAAUUAAUGUUUUAGCCGAAG